GGCGCGAACGCGGCCUUCCAACGCGACUUCCCCCAGGUCUGACGCGAACUGUAGACACGCCCUCACGAAAUCACUUGACACGCCUCCCAGACGCCUUGUUACUGCUCAUCGAAUGGUGAAGAUGCCCCCCGCGCCCGAUGGCAAAAUCUAUUCGGCAACCUACAGUAAUGUUCCCGUCUACGAGUGCAAUGUCAACGGCAACCAUGUCAUGCGCCGUCGCGCUGACGACUGGAUCAACGCCACUCACAUCCUCAAGGUAGCCGACUACGACAAGCCUGCGCGUACCCGUAUCCUUGAGCGCGAAGUCCAGAAGGGCGUGCACGAGAAGGUCCAAGGUGGAUAUGGUAAAUACCAAGGCACAUGGAUACCCCUCGAGGAGGGGCGACAUCUGGCAGAGCGGAAUGGUGUGCUGGACAAGAUGCGCGCCAUCUUCGACUACGUCCCUGGUGACCGGAGCCCUCCACCUGCGCCCAAGCAUGCGACAGCUGCCUCAAAUCGCAUGAAGCCUCCAAAGCAAACCGCUGCGGCUGCUGCUGCCGCGGCCCGGAAUGGUAAAAAUGUCUAUUCGCUUGAAUCUAUGCAAUCCUUUGUAACUACAUCCGCGCAGUCUCAAGUUAGCGAAGAGCCCUACGAGGCCUCUCAGAUCAGAUCGCAGAUCUUCCGCGAGGAGACGCCGGACAACGAGACUGUCAUUUCGGAAUCCAUGUUGGGUGACGCCGAUAUGCUGGAUUCUUACUCAACGGGCGGAGGCAGAAAGCGCAAGCGGGGGAUUGACCAGAUGUCUCUUCUGGAUCAACAACAUCAAAUAUGGGCCGAUCAGCUACUGGACUACUUCAUGUUGCUAGACCACGAAUCCGCCGUCUCCUGGCCCGAACCACCGCAGAGCAUAAACCUCGACCGGCCGAUCGAUGAGAAGGGACACGCAGCUAUGCACUGGGCAGCGGCGAUGGGUGAUGUUGGGGUAGUAAAGGAGCUGAUACACCGAGGAGCACGCAUCGAUUGCCUGUCGAACAACCUGGAGACACCCCUAAUGCGCGCCGUCAUGUUCACGAACAACUUCGACAAGGAGACCAUGCCCAGCAUGGUCAAGAUCUUCCAGCAGACGGUUCAUAGGACAGACUGGUUCGGCAGUACCGUCUUCCAUCACAUCGCGGCGACCACCAGCAGCUCGAACAAGUACGUUUGCGCAAGAUGGUAUCUUGACUGCAUCAUCAACAAACUCUCAGAAACCUGGAUACCAGAAGAGGUUACUAGGUUACUUAAUGCAGCAGACCAGAACGGAGACACAGCCAUCAUGAUUGCUGCGCGAAACGGCGCGAGGAAAUGCGUGCGAAGUCUGUUGGGACGCAACGUCACAGUCGACAUUCCUAACAAAAAGGGUGAGACGGCAGACGAUCUUAUUCGAGAGCUCAAUCAACGACGACGAAUGCAUGGACGCACAAGGCAAGCUUCAUCGUCACCUUUCGCGCCACCACCAGAACACCGACUCAACGGACAUGUACCGCAUCUAGAUGGAGGACCACUGAUUCCAGUACCAUUCCCCAGCAUGGCUGUUCGAGAACCUGUUCAGUAUCGCUCACAGACGGCCUCACAUCUCAUGACCAAAGUCGCGCCAACACUACUUGAGAAAUGCGAAGAGCUGGCUGCAGCAUAUGAGACGGAACUUCAGGAGAAGGAGGCUGAAUCCUUCGACGCAGAACGUGUGGUGAAGCGACGCCAAGCUGAGCUUGAAGCCGUACGAAAACAAGUAGCUGAGUUACAGGGCACAUCAAAUGGCCUACAUAUUGACCUCAACGACGACGAAGCAGACCGGCUGCAAGAAGAGGAACUGCGGUUACUGGUGGAAGAAGCCGAGUCGCUCUUAGAGAUUGAACAAAAGGCCGAGCUCCGUCGACUGUGCAGUAGCAUGCCGCAACAGAAUGCCGACAACUCGCCUGUGGAUGUCACGGAAAAGAUGCGACUAGCAUUGUUGCUACAUCGCGCGCAACUCGAGCGGAGAGAGCUGGUCAGAGAAGUUGUGGGUAAUUUGAGCGUGGCAGGUAUGAGCGAGAAGCAAGGCACAUACAAGAAGCUCAUUGCGAAAGCACUGGGUGAGCGCGAGGAAGAUGUCGAGUCCAUGCUGCCUGAGAUCCUGCAAGAGCUGGAAGAGGCGGAAACGCAGGAAAGGGCUGAGGGACUGGAUGGAAGUCCGCUAUAGGUUUUGUUACCUAGUAGUAAACCCGUGAUGGCAGGACAGUGAUAACGAGUAUUUACGACCAAGAUAGCGAGCAUUUACCUCUU